UUUCUUCAACCACAUAAGAUAACUUAAUUCUAAGAAAGGGAUUAGCAAGAAGAAAAUGGUGGCAAAGUUAUCAAUUUAUUUGGUGUUUGCAUUGAUGGUGUUACCAUACUAUCCAGUUUUGUGUCAAGAUUAUGAAUUGCAAAGUCUAAUAGACCAAGCACACCAAUAUGGUAUCUCUCAAGAAACAGUUGUUGAGGCUGAAAGAAUUAUAGGAGAUAGUUCUAUGGAACAAGUUAAGGAUGAUGCUUUGCGUGACGGAUCAUUGGCUGAUUGGGUUAUAGAAGCAACUGAGGAUGAAAACGCACCACCACCACCAGAAGCACCAACAGGUUUCCCUAGUGAUGUAGAGAAUUCACCGAAUUUGGCUCCAAUUUUUUCUCCAAAUGCAGGACCUGAACUAGCACCAACUAAUGCACCUUUAAGUGCACCUUUAAGUGCACCUUUAAGUGCACCAUCACCUGCCCCUUAUGCAGCAUCUCCCAGAGCAUAAGACUUGUGUUGAUUUAGUUAUGCAAUAGAUGUAUUUUAUAUAGACUUAAUGUGAUAUGUGAUGUAGAUUAAAAAUAUAUGUAAUUUUACAUAAAGGAUUUUAUCAUUAAAAAUAUUGGCG